ACAUAUUCCUAGAAAGAGGAGAGAGAGAGAUAAAGAAUGGCCUGUGUGACGGAAACACCACAACCAAGCGUGAUGUACGUUGUAGUUGUGGCUGUAUACUUUAUUAUGUUGCUGUUUUUGUCGGUUGAAAAGACUGCAGCAGCAAGUAUAAAAAUUGAAGAGCAAGAGCACGACCGAGUAAAGAGCCUUCCCGGGCAGCCGCCGGUGGGGUUCAAGCAAUACGCAGGGUAUGUGACCGUCAAUGAGACCCACGGGAGAGCUCUCUUCUAUUGGUUCUUUGAAGCUACUUCCGAACCUCAAAAUAAACCUCUACUCCUUUGGCUCAAUGGAGGUCCAGGAUGUUCAUCAAUUGGGUUUGGAGCAGCAGAAGAGUUGGGGCCUUUUUUCCCUAAGAAAAACAAUAGAGAACUGAAGUUCAACAAACACACAUGGAACAAAGCUGCGAAUUUAUUGUUUUUGGAGUCUCCUGUUGGCGUUGGUUUUUCCUACACAAAUACAAGCAGCAAUAUCCCACAACUGGGAGACACAAAUACAGCUAGAGAUUCACAUAUAUUCCUUGUGAAUUGGUUCAAAAGAUUCCCUCAGUUUAGAGACAAUGAGUUUUACAUUGCUGGAGAAAGCUAUGCAGGGCAUUAUGUCCCACAACUUGCUGAGCUUAUUUUUGAUGAUAACAAGAAAGCGUCAAAGGAGGACCAUCUUAACCUCAAAGGAUUUAUUAUUGGGAAUGCAUUGUUGGAUGAUGAAACAGAUCAGAAAGGGAUGAUUGAUUACGCGUGGGGUCACGCGGUGAUAUCAGAUCAACUGUACAACAAUCUUACGAAAUGCAACUUCAGUAAUGCUCACUUAUCGGAUGAUUGCAACAAUGCAUUGAUCAAGUACUUUAAAGUGUACAAUAUCAUCGACAUGUACAGCCUCUAUGCACCCACUUGCAAUGAGAAUGGCACAAAUGCUAGGAAUUUUCAUGGUUCUCCUGUCCGAGGGACCAGACCUCAUUUGUUCUCCAAUUUUAAAGAAUGGCACAAAAUGCCAGCUGGAUAUGACCCUUGUGCAUCUGACUACACUGAGGUAUACAUGAAUAGACCCGAUGUUCAGCAUGCACUCCAUGCCAAUGUCACCAACAUCCCUUAUCCUUGGACUCAUUGCAGUAACAACAUCACGUUUUGGAGUGAUGCGCCAACCUCUAUUCUUCCCAUCAUCAAAAAGCUUGUCUCUGGUGGUCUCCGCGUAUGGGUUUACAGUGGGGAUACUGAUGGUAGAAUUCCAGUAACAUCAACAAGAUAUACCCUAAAUAAGCUUGGCUUGAAAACCAUACAAGAAUGGACUCCUUGGUACACUAAUAACAAACAGGUUGGAGGUUGGACUAUUGAGUAUGACGGGCUUAUGUUUGUUACAAUUAGGGGAGCUGGACAUCAAGUCCCAACAUUUAAACCAAGAGAGGCUCUUCAGUUAAUUAAACAUUUUUUGACAAAUAAGAAAUUGCCAUCUCAGGCAUUCUGAAUGCCCUUAGUGGGUUUUAGUGUUUUACUAUAAGUAUUUUCAAGAAAAUAGUGGCAAAUGAAGAAUUUUUGCCCUUAGAUCAAAUGUGACAGAAAAUAAGUCUGCUUUGGAAAUUAUAUACAAUAUGGCCCUCCAAAGCCAAUGUUUUAAUUAAUGUAUGUGAGGUUAUAUUUGUGUAUGA